AUGUCAUCCAACAAGCCCGAGUCUCUCAAAGGCAAAAAUGCAAUUGUUACCGGUGGCUCACGAGGAAUCGGCAAGGGAAUCGCCAACGAACUCGCAAGUCGCGGCGCCAACAUCCUCAUAACAUACCAAAGCGCAAAAGCCCAAGCAGAAGAAGUCGUUUCAGAACUAGAACUUGAACACGGCGUAACUGCCAUCGCAAUAGCAGCAGACGGACACGACCUCUCCGCACCCCAAACAAUUGUCCAAGCAGCAGUUGAUAAAUGGGGCCAAAUCGACAUAAUAGUGAAGAACGCCGGAGCACGAGAAGACUAUGACUUCGAAGACAUGACGCACGAGACCUUCAAGCGCCAAAUAACGGCAAUCUGUCGAGUAGCUAUUCGCGCGAUGGACAUGCAGGUUGUCUUGCCUAUACAGCCUGUAAAGGUGGAAUUGAAAGUUCCUGGACCGGUCAAUACUGAGCUUUGGGCUAGAAGUAUCAAGAAUCCGGAGGUGUUGAAGGCGUGGGAGCCUACGAUCCAGAAUACAUCUGCUGCUCCGAGGGUUGGAGAGGUUGAUGAUAUUGCGCAGGCCGUGGCCUUUCUAUGUGAGGAGGGAAGUAGAUGGGUUACAGGAAGUGUUAUUAGUGUUAGUGGGGGGUUAUACUUUAACCAGACUAUUACUGCCACCUGA